AUUCACGUAUUGAUUUUACCCUCAGUGUGUGGUGUUUUUGAAUUGUCAAUAGAGCUAAAGUGAAGCCUCGCGCCGAAUAUACCACACAAUGAUGUAACGGUACUUCCCAACGAAUCGUCCAAUCAGAGCGCGAUCUUCCCACGGAUCGGAACAUCCCCUAAUCUAUUUUUAGAGCAUUACAUCAAACUGUCAAUAUUGUUCGCGAGAGCGGUAUAAAAAGGAAAUUCAAUACUGUGCAGAAGGUAUGGUACUUACACUGUUUGUGGGAAGAAAGUAAUUCCGUUGUCAUCGCCUGCUGUUAGUGUUGACUGUGAAGAUAUUAUGGAGUCUGCAAGAAAAUUAUUACGAAGUGCUAGCAGGCGAAUUCGUCGAGUUUCCAGAAAUGUUGAAGAAACAGAUUUAGGGAGGUCCUCGCCGAAGGAAGUGGACCCCAAAGCAGAGGCAUCGACAUCCAUGGUGACCACGGCUGAGAGUCCACUGGAGGCCGGUGAGCUAGCAGCCGCUGCUGCCAAACUGAGUGAUUUGGAGAGCUCAACAGAAGAUGUACGGGGCUCUAGAGAUGGAAAUGAAAAACAGGAUUAUAUUGAUCAGCUUUUUAUCAAACAACGCAGGGAGCUGAACCAUGAACUAAGGCAGAUCCAGAACAGUCAUCGCCCAGUAAGCAAGGGUGAUCAGAGACGAAACAUUGAUCGCUUCCUCCGUCAACAUCUCCAUGGUGAUGUGUCGGACAGUAUCAGUGAGGGUUCCAACGAGGGCAGCAAUCAAUCUCCAAGACGUAGGAGGCGGAAUGGUAUCGUUAUGCAGGAGCUGGAAGGGUUGUCACAGCAACAGUCCGUCACCCAGCGUCUCCGUUGCCCGACGUUCCGUCGCGAUCUUGAGAACAUGGUUCGCGGCGUUGUCAUAAGACAGGAGAGGGAGGUUGAGGCUGCUCUGAGGUUGCGUACAGCUGGUCUCCCUGGUAACAGGCGCCUCCCUCUUGCUGGUGAAGCAGGUGGAGUUGAUACGAGGAGUUCUAUCAGCGCAGUCUCAUCAGUCUCCAGUGGACAGUCUCUCCUUCCAUCAGUAUCGAUGUUAGGAUUGAAUGGUAUUCCGGCUGCACCACCUCUUCCUCCAUUUCCUGGCCAGCAUCACAUUCCAGCCCCGCCCCCACCCCCAACACAGCAACCCCAGCAACAUCAUCAACCACAGAAUGCUGUUCCACUACCACCACCACCACCACCACCUCAACAACAACCACAACAAGCCAACAGAUGGCCCAUGCCUACUGCACCUUGGUUGGUACAAAACAGUGUGAAUGGAACCCAGGGACCUCCCAAUCGGGUCCAGGUCUUACAGCAGGUCCAGAGAGAGGCUGUGGUCUCUGAGAUCAGUGAGUUAGUCCAUCGUCAGUUGGUUCAAGAGACCCUAGAAAGUGAUUUCAGAGGACGAUUAGAAUUCUUGAUGAUGAAUCGUUUGGAAACCAUCGGGCCCGAGUCUGGCGAACGGGUGAUGAACUUUCUCAACACAAUCCCACAGAGUCAACAUAUCAGACGAAAUGAUUUCUCUCAUCUCGGAAUUCACGCUCCUUCUACACAGAGGGAUGAUGGACUAUCCGGAGCAGUUGGGGGCGCUACAGUACCUGCUGCAUUCAUCCAUGAGAUGGAUAGCUUGAAAUCUAAGAUGUCUGAACUCCAUGAGAUGGUUAGGAUGAGCAUGGAGAUGCAGCUUGAUCUUCAAAGAGCCAUCAGACAGGAGGUGGCUGCGGCACUUCAUCAACAGAAUGGUACUGCUGUUUCUCCUGCUGCCCCUGUUUCGGAGCCAGCCUCUGAGGGUAACUGCAUCAUCUGCCUUGAUAAAGAAGUGGAUGCAGUGCUGUACCAGUGUGGUCAUAUGUGCGUUUGCCUGACGUGUGGCCUUCGUCUCUCAACCAUGGGGUCGCACUGUCCAAUGUGCAGGGCACCUAUUAGGGAUGUCAUCAGAGCUUACCGUUGUCAACGAACCUAGAGGUCUUUGCCAUCUGCAGACAUUCAGCCUCCCUGCAGGAUCUUCUGAUAUUGGAAUGGUUGCCUUUACCUGAAGCAUUGAUAGUAGUUGCCUUAUACAAACCAAUCCUGUAAUGCAUUCAAGCAUUCAUCCUCCUCUAGUACCAUUGAUCCGGACAGUGUUAUGGCUAAUGUGAUCCUCCAUUGUCUUUUACCAUAAACCCUUAUUCUAACCUCUCCAUAGUUAAAGACAAUAUUCUUGACGAUAUGAAACAAAGAAAGAAAGCUACUUACUGUAUAUCCACAUCCUUUCCUUUUCCUUACACCAGUAUCUUCAUCAAUCCUCCAUCAUCUGUUAUGAUGAUUCUUGUUCUAAAAUGCAAAAUGUCAAUUUUUUGACCUCAUUCCAAAAAGAGGUUCAUUGUUUAUCCCUACCCAUUCUCUCCAGCACCAUCCUCUACAACCCCCCCCCCCCCCGCUCCUCUCAUCACAUUGACAGCAUACAUAUACUUUGAACAAUGUAGUGUAAGUUAAGACAGUCUCUCAUUUGUUCUUGAAUCAUGUCAUCAACCUUUUGUUUCUUAGCAAGUAAUCUUAAAUUCAUUUAAAAACUAUGGUAUGCAAUGACCUUUGAAUACUGAAAACAAUGUAAUCCAAGUAGAUCUUCCAUUCUUGAUCCUCAUUUGCAUAAUGGAGACCUAUUCACAGGAAUAUUAUGACACAUUUCACCCAAAAUGCAAGAUGAUGAAUUUCUAUUUUUAUAUUUGUUUGAUAUGAACUUCAGGAUAAGCUCCUUUUUUUAAAUAUUUGAUGCAAGAUUUAGUAAGGUAUGUAUAUGUAUAUUCAUUCAAUAAUGGGAUGUUAUUUUGUCAUCAAUUUCAAUUUUAUGUUGAACUUCUUUUGCAAUAUUUGAUUGAGAAUAUUAUCAAAACAUUUGUAUGUAGCAUUUACUGUAUAUACAUAAUAGAAUUAUGUUUGGAAUUGAAAUUCAUUUUGAAUUGUUGUUCAUAUAUACAUAGUUGUUAAAGACCAAACUUAUCUCAAGUAUUCAACUUUCAUUUCUUUCAAAGAAAUGGAAGUUUUUUAAUAUAUCUCGUAAUGUUUGAUAUUGUAUGCAUAACCUUACAGAAAGCAAACAUGUCUUUAUGUAUGUCAAGAGGGGUUAUGACAAAAAGUUUUAACUUUUAAGUAAGAAAAUUUCUGUUGCUUGUUGAACAAUUUGUUUAAGGAUAUGUGAUAAUGCUAUGUAAUUACAUAUAUAGCUUGUCUCAGUACCUGCAAUAUUAGUGUGAUAAAUAUUAUUUAGCUUUGGGCAUUAUACGUAUUUUAGUUGAAAUUUGAAUAUGUAAAUGAAUAUAUUGUAUUAAAUUGAAAAUAGUUUCAUUGCACUAAAAACAUUUCAUUUUUUAUUACAUAAGAAAUAUGUUCAUUAAUUAGUCUAUUAUAUCCAAGUUUUCAUUGAUCUGAACAUAUUGGAUAUUUUUCUUUAAACAAUAUAUUCCUCAGGAAUAUGUAUUUCAGAAAAUUAUAUGAUGUAAAUGGGUGAUCACCCAGAAAAUAAUGGCAUAUAAUAUACACCCAACUAUAUUUGUAUGAAAGUAUAAUAAAAUAUAGAAUUAUAAACUUCGAAAAA